UCAAGCAGCUCCCUAUAUAUUUCCAGCCUGGCUACCCCUGACCCCUAUCUCUUAUUUGGCACCAUCGCAACCCCAACCUGUUGGAAAUUGGCAAACAUGUCGUGGCUUGGAAUAAAUCCCCAAAUCCUGGGCAGAUGCUCAAGUUGCCUGGCAACUCAACUGCCAGUGGCUCCGGUCAUCAGGACCAACGUCCUCUUCCGCCACGGUCUGCGAUACGCUUCGACUGCCGCCAAACCACGAGCGAAGAAGUCGGCCGGUUCGACCCCGUCCGACGUUGCGAGUGUGCCGAAUAAGAAGAUCAGCACCAAGACCACCCCGGCUACACCCACAAAGACUCGAACGAGGAAGAAGGCCGAACCCCCCACUGAGAGCGCACCGUCAGACCCCCCUACUACCACAGUCACAAGGAAGACAACGCGGUCAGCUUCGACGAAAAGCUCUGCGACGGCGACGACGACGACGACGAAAAAGAAGAAGGCCGACGCAGAUGCAGCCGGGGACAAGCCGGCGAGCACUCGGGCGAAGGCAACCACAACGCCUCGGACACGGAAGAGCACAACCGUCGCCGCGAGUGAGGCGUCAACGUCGACAGCAAGCCAACCGCCGCCCCCACCCCCGCCCCCGCCCUCGCAGACGACCCUGGAUCCCCCGACGCCUGGCAAGAAUGUGACAGACCAUGGUGUAGCCCCUACACCGCUCGAACCGGAGAUUCCAUAUGUCGACCCUUCCAGUCCGGAGUUCAAGAAGGCGUCGCGAAAGUGGACAUCGGUUAUGGUUUCGCUCCCGAUCCUCUUGGUGACAUCGUACUAUCUCUUCGACAGACUCGUCCUUGGGAACGAGGCCAAGUCCCUCCGCCCCGCGGCAUCGCCGCAGGAGCCGCCGCAAGAGCCACCGCAUGAGGAGGGGACUCCAGUGUCCUAGGGCAGAG